UCGGCGGCCCUGUCAGGGGGAGCGCGACGCCACCCCGCCGUCCAGUCCGCGCAGCAAGCCCUGAGGAGCCUGGAUGCGGAUGGACCCGCGAAGUUAAGUUCUGGGCUAGCUUUUCGUUGCCCCGCACCCGGCUCCGGGUUUCCGUCUGCUCUCGGCGCUAACCUCGGCCUGUAGACCUUGGUCGGCUCUCGGCGCCCCUUCGCCCCCCGCGCUGCGCUCUCCCCACCUGCGUUCUCCGCGGCUGGGGGAGGGGCAGGGGUCACCAUGGCCGAGGCGCCCCAGGUGGUGGAGAUCGACCCGGACUUCGAGCCGCUGCCCCGGCCGCGCUCGUGCACCUGGCCGCUGCCCAGGCCGGAGUUCAACCAGUCCAGCUCGGCCACCUCCAGUCCAGCGCCGUCGGGCGGCACAACUGGGAACCCCGACGCUGCUGCGGGCCUGGCCCCGGCCCCGGCAGCCGCUGUCAGCGCCGACUUCAUGAGCAGCCUGAGCCUGCUGGAGGAGAGCGAGGAUUUCCCCCGGGCGCCCGGCUCCGUGGCGGCGGUGGUGGCGGCGGCUGCCGGCGGGGGGCUGUGCGGGGACUUCCAGGGCCCCGAGGCGGGCUGCCUGCAUCCGGCGCCGCCGCUGCCGCCCCCCGGGCCGCUGCCGCAGCACCCGCCAGUGCCCGCCGCCGCCGCCGCCGCCGCCGGGGCGCUUGCGGGGCAGCCGCGCAAGAGCAGCUCGUCCCGCCGAAACGCCUGGGGCAACCUGUCCUACGCCGACCUCAUCACUAAGGCCAUCGAGAGCUCCGCCGAGAAGCGGCUCACGUUGUCGCAGAUCUACGAGUGGAUGGUCAAGAGCGUGCCGUACUUCAAGGAUAAGGGUGACAGCAACAGUUCUGCUGGCUGGAAGAAUUCAAUUCGCCAUAAUCUGUCCCUACACAGCAAAUUCAUUCGUGUGCAGAAUGAAGGAACUGGAAAAAGUUCUUGGUGGAUGCUCAACCCAGAAGGAGGCAAGAGUGGAAAAUCCCCCAGGAGAAGAGCUGCGUCUAUGGACAACAACAGUAAAUUUGCUAAAAGUCGAGGCCGAGCUGCUAAGAAAAAAGCAUCCCUCCAGUCUGGCCAGGAAGGUGCUGGGGACAGCCCUGGAUCACAGUUUUCUAAAUGGCCUGCAAGUCCUGGCUCUCACAGCAAUGAUGACUUUGAUAACUGGAGUACAUUUCGCCCUCGAACUAGCUCAAAUGCUAGUACUAUCAGUGGAAGACUUUCCCCCAUUAUGACAGAACAAGAUGAUCUGGGAGAUGGGGACGUGCAUUCUCUAGUAUACCCACCGUCUGCUGCAAAGAUGGCUUCUACUCUGCCCAGUCUGUCUGAAAUAAGCAAUCCUGAAAACAUGGAAAACCUUUUGGAUAAUCUCAAUCUUCUCUCAUCCCCAACACCAUUAACUGUUUCAACUCAGUCUUCACCUGGCAGCAUGAUGCAGCAGACAACAUGUUACUCCUUUGCACCACCAAAUACGAGUCUGAAUUCCCCCAGCCCAAACUACCAAAAAUACACAUAUGGCCAAUCCAGCAUGAGCCCAUUGCCCCAGAUGCCUAUGCAAACACUUCAGGACAACAAAUCUAGUUAUGGAGGAUUGAAUCAGUAUAAUUGUGCCCCAGGACUCUUAAAGGAGUUACUUACUUCCGACUCUCCUCCCCAUAAUGACAUUAUGUCACCAGUUGAUCCUGGGGUGGCUCAACCCAAUAGUCGGGUCCUGGGCCAGAAUGUGAUAAUGGGCCCUAACUCAGUCAUGCCAACGUAUGGCAACCAGGCAUCUCAUAACAAAAUGAUGAAUCCCACCUCUCAUACUCAUCCUGGACAUGCCCAGCAAACAUCUGCAGUUAAUGGGCGCGCCCUGCCCCAUCCAGUGAACACCAUGCCUCAUACCUCAGGUAUGAGCCGCCUGACCCCAGUGAAGACGCCGUUACAAGUGCCUCUUUCCCAUCCUAUGCAGAUGAGUUCCCUGGGCUAUUCUUCCGUGAGCAGCUGCAAUGGCUAUGGUAGGAUGGGCAUUCUUCACCAGGAGAAGCUCCCAAGUGACUUGGAUGGCAUGUUUAUUGAGCGUUUGGACUGUGACAUGGAGUCCAUCAUUCGUAACGACCUCAUGGAUGGAGAUACCUUGGAUUUUAACUUUGACAAUGUGUUGCCCAACCAAAGCUUCUCACACAGUGUCAAGACAACGACACACAGCUGGGUGUCAGGCUAAGAGUUAGUGAGCAGGCUACAGAGUACUUCAGAUUGUCUGACAGCAGGAACCGAGAGAAGCAGUCCAAAGAUGUCCUUCACCCAUCCUUUUGGUUUUCUUGAUUUUUAAAAAAAAAAUCCUUCCUUUUUCUUUUUCCUUUCGUCAGACUUGGCAGCAGAGAUACUUUUCCUGUACAGGAUGUUUGCCCAAUGUUUGCAGGUUAUGUGCUGCUGUAGAUAAGGACUGUGCCAUUGGAAAUUUCUUUACAACGAAGUGCCAAACUCACUACACCAUAUACUGCAGAAAAGACUUUGGAUCCUGGUGUGCUUUCAAGUUUUGUAUAUAAGCAGUAGAUACAGAAUUGUAUUUGUGUGUUUUUGUUUUUUGAAAUAUCCAUUUGUUUCAAGGAAAGUUUAUACUCUUUUUGUAAUACUGUGAUCAUGUCUUGCUAAGUUAAAACUUUUGUUUGUACUAACUGUGUUCUGCUAAAGUGAUGAAUCACAAAAACUGAGAUCUACACCUCCACAGAGUGACUUUGGACCUGUUCACAUGCCACAGGAUUCACAUGAAAACCAAGUAGCCUGUUAUCAAUCUGCUGAGUUGAGGGACUUGUCAAACUUUUGGGGAAAAAAAUAGAUUAAGCGCCAGCCUUGUAUAUGUCUUUUCUAUUUUUUUUUAUUUUGUUAUUUGCAGAUUUGUAAAAACACUUAAAAUGGAUCUAAUUUCCAGAUAAAUGAUUUUUGAUGUUAUUGUUCAGACUUGAGAUCAUUUUUGGAAUAGAUAUUGGACUGUAAUGUUUUCUUAAAACUGAGUACUUUGUUAUAUUGUCUGCUUGUAAAUUUGUCGAAUCACAGGUAUUUGGGGGACAGCAUUCAUAAUUUUCAUUUUGUAUUUCUAACUGGAUUAGUACUAAUUUUAUAUGUGCUUACCUGGUUUGUACACUUUGGGUUGUUUGUUACUUGGUGGUGUUUCUGACUAAUCUUCAAUCAUUGUAACUAGUACUUGCAUACUCAACGUUUCUGGCCCUGUUUGGGCAGGGAAGUGAUGUAUAGUUAUGGACACAUUGCGUUUUGUAUUUAGAAGAACUAAAUAUGUUUUUAUGUAUCUAUUUUAAAGAAAUCUCACCUUCUAUUACCUUGUGAACUGUAUGCACUGCAUAGCGUCUCCUCUGGUAGAUCACUGUAUGUUGCAUUGUUACAGUUAUUCCUGGGAGGCCUCAUAAUGUUUGUAGAUCAGAAAGGGAGACCUACAUCUUAAACAAUUCUCAUCUGUCAAACUGGCAGUCUUGGUCAGUUUAACUAUUUGCAAAAGUUUCCCUAAAAAUCUCUAAAACUUUGUUUCAGUUCAGGUUGGGGUUGCUUUUGCAGCUCUGCCUUGAGGAAUCAUGUCACUCCUCACUCUCUUAUCACUUUUUCUUCUUUCAAAGUUUAAAGGAGGAAUUUUAGAAAUGGAACUAAAGUGAUUUUUAGAAUGGUUUGUGUUCCUCAGUGUAGAUUGCCAUCAGGUGGACUAGAACUUGUUUAAAAAUAGGGGCAGUUAAUUUGUUGGUACCAGGGAUCGAACCUGGGACCUUGCGUUUUUGAGGCCAGCGCCAGAACCACUGAGCUAAAUCCUCGGCCAGGGGCAAUUAAUUUGAAAACCAACCAACCAGCUUUUAAGUUAAAGAUUUGAAGUGACUUUAAAAGCCUUAGCUUAGGUUAAGAAUUUGAGUAUUUCUUCCCAGCCUUUAGCAACCUACAUUAUACUGCAAUUAUUAUAUUUUAAUACUUUACAGUUACUUGUAACUGACAGAUCAGGUUAACUGGCUUUGCCUCCCAUCCACUCCAUUAGUAUUUCAAAGUCAUGUGGAAUGCCCAGGGUCAUCUGAAAAGGAGGAACAAGUACACAGCAGGAUUCUCUUGUCUUCUUGAGAAGGCUCUGGUUUCUCUGUACACAGUUCACAUCACACUUGCUUCUUGUAUGUUAAUUGCAUCUCUCUUGGGGUGGUUUUUUUUCUGCAUGUGUAAAAAUAACACAAGUGUUCCCGCAAGGCCCAACUGCAUGGUAAACUUUCUACCAUGACUUUCAGUAUUUCAAACACUUGUGGAGCAGUCACCCCCUCUGACCAUCUUCUUUGGGCAUUCUAAAACAUGGCUUAGUUUAGAAACCUGUUUUUCUGUAAGAAGUAUCUCCUGCAUAAUAGAAAUUAUUGGUAUCAAAGAACUCAUAUGCUCAUUUCUGCCCCCAUGUCUGUUUUUUCACUUUUCUCCCAUAUUUACCAUUGCUUCAUCAUUAAUCACAGAGGCAACAACAGCUGAAAUCACCAUUAAAAUCUUAACUCCUUCUAAAGUGACUUUGAAAGAUCUUCCUUCCUUUUCAGCCUGUGUGAAUUUUUUCCCCACCCCCGUUUUACUUUGUGUUAAAAUCCUAACAUGAACCCUGAGUGGCUCUCUGGGAGGGUACAGUGAAGUCUAGGGGAAGGCAUCUAUUUUGAAAACGAACAUAAUGUGGCCUCUGGGAGUUCUUUUUCUGUAAGAAUACUGACUUUCUGGAGUAAUUAGUAUAUUAUUGUACAUGAUUGCUUUGUGAAAUGUGCAAAUAAUAUCACCUAUGCAGCCUUGUUUGAUUUAUUUCCUCCAGUUUGUACCGUUAUUAAAAGCAUAUUGUAUUAUAGAGCUAUUCAGAUAUUUUAAAUAUAAAGAUGUAUUGUUUCCGUAAUAUAGAUGUAUGGAACAUAUUUAGGUAAUAGACACAUUACAUGCAAAGUUCUGCUUUGACAAACUGACAGAUUCUAGGUUAAUUAGCAAAUGGAACAUCCCAAGAAGAGGAUAAAGACACUUAAAAUGGAAACAGUUAUCCAAAGGUGUACAAUUUGGGCUUGCUCAACUGGUGGGUUUGUAGUUCCAGUCCUGGGCCUAGAAUUAGCUCAGUGGUGCCGCCGCCUGCCUUGCAAGCACAAGGUCCUGAGUUUGAUCCCCAUUACCAAAAACAAAGCAAAAUAAUAUAUUACCAGUACUCCCCUUACCUCCCCAAAAUUUAAAAUUCUUUCUUUGAGCUCUUAAGAAUGUGUAACUUAUAACUGAUUUUAAAAGAGAAAUUUGUGGUUUCAGUUUGGGAAUAAUCAUUCAGUAAAAUGUGCAGUGUGUUUUAUGCAGACAAAGCAGCUUGGCAUUAUAAUAGUCCCUCCUUGAGGUGGGGGCCAGCCUGGCACUGUGGCCAGGGAUGGCCAUGUAAGUCCCGUCAGGAUAGUCAUGCUCUCCCGCAUUUCACCACUCGAGUUUAGUAACAGUGCAGAUUCCAUGUUCCUGUUCCGAUACUCUCUGAGAAGUGCCUGAUGAUGCUGAUGUACUUACAGAUACAAGAACAAUCUUUGCUAUAAUUGUAUAAAGCCAUAAAUGUAUAUAAAUUAUCUUUAAAUGGU